GCCACCGCGCUGUCUCUGCCAUGUCUUCGUGCCUCCGCCGCUCGGCUCGGAGCAGGCGCGGUUCCACGCCACCUGGCGCUGCGAGAAGCGGCGAAGGAACACGAAAACCCACACCCGCUCCCCUCGGCCCCUCCCGGGGGGGGGGGUUUACAUAGCUGCCAUGACAACGCGGCCCUCGCCUCCGCGGCGCGGCACUCAUGAGGCGGAAGCGGCCGUCAGGGCUGUGGCUGGUAAUGGCUGGCGCGCUCCUGGCUGUGCUGGCCCUGCUCUGGGGCUCAGAGGUUUUAAAAGCAUUUGAUUAUGUCUCUCUUUGGAAGGGACAGCAACAGAUAUACAAGUUGGACAUAGGCUGGCCUAAAAUUCCAGAAUACUUCACUGGCCAAACAUUUUGUGUUGCUGUUGACUCUCUUCAUGGUUUGGUCUAUGUGGGACAAAGGGGAGACAAUGUGCCAAAGGUACUUGUAUUCUCAGAGGAAGGCUAUUUCCUUUACUCCUGGAAUGAUACAGUUGAAAUGCCCCAUGGUAUCUUUGUAUUGAACACUGCAACGGAUAGUUCAGUAUGGAUCACAGAUGUUGGAACAGGGAAAUAUGGGCACACUGUGAAGCAGUAUAGCCCUUCAGGUAAACUUAUGCAGAUCUUAGGCACACCAGGUAAUGCUGGUUCAAGUUUGAUUCCCCUACAAUUUGAUCAACCAGCAGACAUCUUUGUAGAAGAAAGUGGAGAUAUUUAUAUUGUGGAUGGAGAUGGAGGAAUGAAUAACAGAUUGCUCAAACUAUCCAACGAUUACAGAGAGAUAUGGAUGGCUGGAGCAAAUGGGACUGGCAUUGGUCAGUUCAAGAUUCCUCACAGUGUAACAGUGGAUCCUGUUGGACGGGUAUGGGUUGCAGACAGAGACAACAAAAGAAUCCAAGUUUUUGACAAAGUCACAGGGGAAUGGCUUGGGUCUUGGAGCAGCUGUUUUGCAGAAGAUGGACCCUAUUCUGUCAGAUUUACUGCUGAUUACAAAUACCUAAUUGUUGCUCAGCUGAAUAUCAACAGGUUAGCAAUCUUGGCAGCACCACUGGUUGGCUCUAUUGGGGACUGUGUUAUGAUCCAAACAAUCCAGCUGGCAGAUGAAACCAAACCACACCUUGUGGAUGUAGACAUGAAGAGUGGAGCGGUCUAUGUUGCAGAGAUUGGAGCCCAGCAAGUACAAAGAUAUAUACCCUUAAGCUGAUGGUUUCCCACAACUGCCAUGGCAUAAUUGUGUGAUACGUAAGACCUAUAACCACAUGUCCUUGAGUUUUUUAUAGCUUGUGUUUCCUCAGACAAGCACAGAAUACUGUACUUCUGGAACUCCAGAGAUAAGAAUCUGUCCUAAGUGUUCUUCAGUCCUGGAGAAAUACUUGGUCUUGAGCUGUUACUCAUUUUAGCAAUGCUUUUGCUUUUGCUUUUGUUGUUGCCAAUUGUAAGAUGACUUUGAUAAGCAUCUUUAUUUUAUUCUAUAAAACUUUACAAACACAGUGGCUGUUCUUAAAUGUGUAGGGUCAUCCUGGGGCUCCUCUACAUAGCCUGCCUGUGUUUGUUGUUAAAUGAAGGUCAGAACUGUUUGAAAGAAGUGUAUAAAUGUUUUCCUGGGAGGUAAGCACCUCAGUUUAAUAUUUCUUCACCUUUUUUUUUGUUUCAUUUGUUUAUUUGUUUGGUUUUAAGUCAUUGUGCUGAUACUGCCCAACACUGAGUAUAGGGAUGCAGUAUGAUGUUGAAUAAGAUGCUGCUGAAUAGUGAUGUCCGUGCCGAUACUGGCAUCUGCCUUAAGUGGUUAAGGGCAUAAACUUUCACCUCUAGCUAAAGUGGUAAAGUCUGUAAUAAGCUUAAGUUAAAGUGAUACGAGGCACUUCAAACUAAAUUAAAACUAUGUGCACAGCAGCCAAGUACUGCUUCUUAACUAAAUCAGUUCUUAACCUGAUUUGAUUUAUAUCAGCAUGGGGUUUCUGUUCUGUGAGAUUUCAUAGUGGACUAUACUGAAGUUCAACUCAUUUAAAUUCCUCAAGAUAAACAAAUUGUAAUUUACUGGGAGAACUUUAAUGAGCAUUCAGUUGACACAUGAUAUAACCCCCAAUUUCAUGGAAGCUCUGUCGGUUAAGAGUGGCACAUCUGUUUUGAUUUGGGGAUUUUCAACUGGUUUAUAUCCAGAACUUUAUCAACGCCAUUAAUGUCUACAGUUAAGUUUCUUACACUAUAUCCUAGCAGAUGUCUCUAAGCUCUGUCUUAAAAAAUGCUCUCUUCAUUCCCAGUCCAGAGUGGUUCUGUUCUCUUUACAUGUUGCUACAAGGUUUUAAGUUAGUUCCCUUUAUAGACCAGAGGGAACUGGGUAUAGGAAAAUGGGAUGGGGAAAAUAGCAUGGCAGAAAUUAGAUGAUGAAUAACUGAUUACCUCUGUAAAGCUAUAGACCCACAUUCCAUAUUUGUCUGCUAGCUCUUCAAAGUAUUUGGGAGGGUUUUUUGCUGUUUCCACACACAUUUAUUGUACGGUGUGGACUAUUUUAAUGCUAAAAGCCAGCUAAGAGAGGCUGAUUCCUUUUCUGCUUCCUUAGAAAUGGAGUAUGGAAAAUAAAUGAUUCUGAUGGAAAAUACCAACUUUCGUGAACAUUAUCAAAAGCAAGUGCUUCUUAGUUUGGCACAUUUCAACUUAAGAUCACCUGUCUGUGGGUCAGCAGAUGGAAAAUCUGUCCAGAAAAGUCAGAUUCAUAUUUUCUGUGGAAACUCGGCUAUGGAGCCUGAUGGCCUGAUUUCAGUACUCUUGGAGAUUAGUGCACUAAGUGGGAAUUCUUUGUUGUUGGUUGCAUCCACAAUACCAAAGCAGAUUUUAUCUGGCUGCCCCUGUCCAGGUCUGAGAACCAGAACUCCAGAGUUCUACACUAGCAAAUUAUGUUCCAUCAUUCACAUGGUCUUGAAUGGGAGCUAGUAAGCAAUAUUUAUUAGCUGAAAAAGUGGCAGUACUUCCUCUAGACCUAGAUGCAUAAAUCCACAUUGCUUUGCAGUGUGUUGUGUGAAUUUUCUAACUAGCUCAGGGAUUUCUGCUUUGUGUGCAGUGUAGUUAUUUCUCACCUACACAAGGUGGAUUUAGUUUUGAAAAUACUGCUGUGAUAUCAUUAACUGUAUUUUAACAUCUCCAGGUGGUGUAAGGGAUCCAGGCACAUCCAUCCUUCCUGACCACAUCCUCUCCUUAUUUAUUUUUCCUUCAUCACAUCCAUUAGAAACAGAACUCAAAGCUCUCUGGGAGCAUGCUUCUGUGUUCAGUAAAGGAGUAGUGUACUUUUGGAUGUUGACGAAUAAGUUACCCAUACAAGUUUGCUGCAUGGAACUGCUCCCAAAAAAAGUGUAUUUUUACAAGGGUUUUUGCAGCCCCUAGAAAAGGGGAGCAUUACAUCCAGUUCUGUCUGGCUUUACUGAAGUGCCCAAGGCCAAAAUGUGCCUUGCCUAUAUGCAUUUGGGUAUCUGUGAUAAGAAGGGAUGCUCAUUAUUAACUGGCAUGAGAUGCUUAGACUUCUUUUACCUCUGUGUCUAUGACCAGAAAAUGAUUGAUUUGUGCAGUAACUUGCUAAUUCUCUAAAGGUUUUCUUACGUAUCAUCUUGAAACUGGUUUCUGAAAAAUUGCAUAAUAGGAUAAUUUGAUAAAAUAAAUUGAGAAUUUCCCAUUAUGAAA